AUGAAUAGAAAAUUAAUUGCCAUCUUUUUUAUCAUUUUAACUCUUGAAGGCAAUUAAGCAAAGGAUGAUAUACCUCAAUACAAAAGAUGCUUGGAAUAUGAAAAGGAUAAAAUCUUUCGAUGCAUAGAGAAUCACAUUACAACUGCUUUUACAUAUCAAAGUGUAACUACUUUUGCCGCUUUCAUAAUUGCAAAAAUAGGUAUCUGGCUAGCUGGUUUCACAGCAAUGGGCCCAGCUGCAGGCUCAUUUGCAGCUUUCUUAUAAUCUUUGAUAGGAAAUGUAGUAGCUGGUUCAUUUUUUUCUUUUUUAUAAGCAGUUGCAAUGGGAAAAUCAAUUUUAUUAUUAUUACCUUGUUUAGGUGUUGGAACUUUAGUAGGCUUAAUCUAUUUAGUGUUUAGUUGCUUUAAAGAUGAAUAUUGUACUAAAGUAGAAUAACUUAAACCCCCUAGUCCAGAAGAAAGGUAAAAAAAUAAUGAUAAGACAAAUUAGGAUUCAAAUAAUCAAAACGAUAAUAAAUAAGAAGAAUCAUUUUGGAGCUCAACUUUAAAUUUAAUUACUGGGCUACCCAAUCGCUAUCCAACAAUUACAGAUAAAAUUUCAGAUUUAUAUAAUUAAUUGCCUAACAUGCCAGAACAAUUCAAAGAAUUAAAAUAAAAAGUUCUAGAUAUUUCCUCUUCGCCAUUUUUAGAAUUUACCGGUGAUUUUUGGGAAUUCUCUAGUUAAUUUGCCUCCUCGAUUAAAUAAUAAAUUUACGAAGGUUAAGAUUAAAUGGAAGCUUUAUAUAAUCGGAUAACAGCUACUUUUAAUGACUAUGUUGAUGGGAUAAAUGAUUUGUUUGACUUUGUUUGGAGAAACAGAGAAACUAUAAAAGAAGCAUUUGAAUAUGCUAUUGUCGUUCUUUAAAAAUAAUAUAAUCAAUUACAGGCAAUUAAAAAUGUUAUAGAAAAUAUUGGAUAAUCAAAGAAAGAGGAUGCUUGCAUCAAUAAUUUUAUAGAAUACCUUGCAAAUUUGUGA